UCUAGUCGAAUCCCCAAUUUCUGACUCUCCAACUAUGCUAUCAGAACAUGGAAAUAAUGUCAAGGACGAUGUCUCUGCAUCUUCCGACAGCUCCGAGUCCGCGGAGCUCACACCCUUGCGAGCUCAUUAUCUGAAGAAGGAACUAAUCACCUUGCAGUUCCGCCGCGAGCUGAAGGGUCUUACCACCGUCCCAAGGAAUAAUAUAUCCACAUUUUCUUACUUGGGACCCCCUUUCACUCCGCCACCCAAGGAUGGGCCUCGACUUGACCUUCCGCUCUUACGGUACAUGUUCCGCAACUUCGUGCUCUCCUUUCCCUUCCUUGCUGCUGCUCCAAAAGAUUUCUUUCCCGACAAGCUUCAGCCAUUCAUGGCCAACCUGCUGUCGCGCAAUCUCUCAUCCGCAUCGCCCCUUGAUAACGAUCCGGAGCAGUCGGAAGAGGCUACGAGGGCCAAACUGUUAAUCAAGCUCGAGAAGAACUUUUCCGUGCUUAUCACCAGCGGAACAAAGCUUGUGGAGAAAGAGGACGUGGUGCGCUUGACUCAGAAGGACCUUGAUAGACUCGAGAUGCUGGCCAAGAAACGCGCGGCCAGGGAGAGGAAACUCAAAGACAAGUUUGAGAUCAACGUCGUCUGCGUACGGACCGUAGUCGAGAAGAAGCGUGUUAGGAGUAAGGCACACGAGGAAUUUAUCAUCCGAACACGUCGACACAAUCAGCCGGAUGUCUUCGUCUCCAGGCGGUAUGGUGAUUUCAGGACCCUUUGUGAUGAACUCCGUAAAGCCCAUCCGACGGAGUUAGUACCGCCCCCACCCGCGAAAGACCGCACCUACGUCAAUGUGACACUCUCAAAUCCCCCGUCCCAUGCGGCAUCGCCACUACCAAAUCAUCAAGGCUUUGGCAGCCAGGUUAAUCGCGCCAUGAGCUCUGCUCCGACUAGUCCGACAUACAUACCCCGGCAGUCGAGAGCAAUGCCUGGCAUGUAUAGCAGCGAGCGCAAUUCUAGCGCCGACUCGCUCCAAAGCCAGUCCUCCGGAAGCCCAGGCUCACCAGGACCAAACUUUGGUGGUACCAUUGCGCAUCCGUCGCGGUUAGCCAGAGAGAAGAACAGGUUGACGCUAAGAUCAUAUCUGCACAUCCUCCUGUCUUCUUCGGCCUUUGUUUCUUCUCCGGUCUUAAAAUCAUUCCUUCUUUCCGGUCCAACUCAUCUCAGCGAAGAGGAACUAGAAGACGCCCGCCGGCGUGAAGAAGCGGAUCAUAUGCGCGAGGACGGAAGGAUUAGAUUCGCUAAAGAAAUUACGCAAAGAGUGGAUGGUCUUCGCGACGCUGUCCGUAGCGUCAAGGGCGAGCUGCUAGGAAAAGAUGGUCUCACUCGUGUGUUCGCUACCAUCAAACAUACGCCCGACAUUCGCGACCUUCCUCCCAACUAUAAGGCCGUCAUCGAGUGGGCUCGUAUCUCAAUGGCCUCAACAGUCUUUCAGAAAUUCGUCGCAGCGGACAAUGCUUCCGAAGCUUUCGCCGGCCUAAAGCGCAUUCAUGGUAUGAUGCCUUACUUCAUGCUCAAAGCUGCCUUGAAGAUCAGUAAUCCCAUGGCAAUGAUCAGAGGUGUCCUGGACCUGUUCCUGGCCCAACCUUUCGGUGGACGCAGCUUACUGCAAAGGAUGUUCACUGGUUCUCUGAUGGAAGAGGUGAAAGCCCUGGAAGAAGACAUCGAUUCUGUCCGUAGCAAGGUCGAAGAUCCCCAAAUUUGCGAGAAAGUUAAACUUUUCGUCUACGCACCUCCCGAAAUACAGGCGAUCUACAAGGCCGAUGCAGCUGGGGAAGGCAUGAACAUCUUGACCGCAGUCUUGCGUUCCGGGGAGCAGCCACGUUUGUCUCGGGUUCAGAUGCAGCGCGUACACCGAGCCAGCAUCGCGCACAAGGUUUACAAGGACGCCCACCCCGACUCGGAAGACGAUGAUGGUCCAGAGGAUGAAGACGCCUGGCUAUACGAAGACCUCAUGCUUCUCGCGAAGCUAUACGCCCGGCUGAGAGAUCGAGAACAGCUGAUGGCACUGAUCUUCGAGGGCACCACCGCUGACCUCCUCAAGGACAUUAUCACGAUCUUCUACUCGCCGCUCGCACAGGUUUACCGUGCCGCGAGUAUCGCGGACUCGUUGGGGGACCUCCAGAACUUUAUCAAUGACCUCAUUCGAACUGUCGAACAAACGGAAGAGCUUAGCCAGCAGGAUCCGGCAAAGACGGUGCAGGUGUUUAUUGACCUCAUCCAGCGACACGAACAAGCGUUCUACACGUUCGUCCAUAAGGUCCACUCCAAAGGAGAGGGGCUUUUCGACAGCUUGAUGCGCUGGAUAGAGCGGUUCCUCGCCCUGAUGCGGGAAGGAAUUGGGGAGCCCAUCAGCCUCGAGUUCCUACUCCCACACACGGGUCAAGAACGCUCGGAUAUCAUGAAGGAAAUUGACGCGAUAGCGAGAUAUCACUAUCUCCUGAAGGUGGCACAUGAAGCCAAAGUUAGGCGCCGAUUUGGACGGACGCAGGGCCAGAGCGAGGCAGACGCAGAGGACGAAGCUGCCGCAGAGCUUGUUAACGGCGUUGUGCGGGACCUUAGCUUUGGAGACCUCGUGGCAGGCGACGCGGAUGAACUCGCUGCGGAAGUUUCGUCAUCCGAAGAUGAUGAGGACUCGAGUGAAGAGGACGAUUCAAGCAGCAGCGACGAUAGUGGCUCAGGUGAUAAUAGCUCUAGCGAUACUGAAGAGAGCGAAGAGGGCAGCUCGACCGAGGGAGGCAAGCGCGAGGGCACCCCGACUCCCACCCGUACCGUGUCGCGGUCCCACACGAUCGGCCACUCACCGGCCUCUGCUCGCUCUCAGCAUCAACAUACUCCUAAACGUUCACUUGACGUGGCGUCUCCAUCACGUUCGAGGCCCUCAGGGCGGCCGCUGCGCAACUCGCGAUCGAUGUCGUGGGCUCGAACAGCGAAGGACAAGACCCUUUCCGCGUUGCCGGGCGCGCGCCGCACCGAUGAAGGCCGCGAGCAACCCGCGCAGAGAUCGUCCCCAGUCGGUGCGAAGAAGAAGAAGGCUGAUGGCCCCAGGCCUCCAGAACUUCAUCACAUUCCGAAGCUACUUCCGCUCUUCGUGGAGAUGAUGCGGCCGCUUCUGCAGACACAGAGAUAAGCUCCCAGUGGGGUUGGGAUGUGGGACGAGAACACACACGAGGCGAGUCUAAUAAAUGACGACAAUAUUAGAUGGUCUACGUUUCCGUUAUCUGAACGCUGUAUCUCUAUCGCUGGCUGUCUAGUGUAAGUUGAUGAACUUGUGUAAUGUGGAGAAAUAU